AUUACAAAACCACUUGUGGCAGUUCAUCCAUUUUCAUACUGAGAAAUAUUGUGCCUGCCUUGUGCAGGAACUCCCUCUUUUAUUACACACACGAGAGAAAAAUUAAGAUAGAAAGAGUGAUAUGGCUUAUGCUGCUAUUACUUGUCUUAUGAGAACCAUAAACCAAUCAAUGGAACUUACUGGAUGUGAUUUGCAACCGUUCUAUGCAAAGCUUGAAUCCCUGAGAGCUAUUCUGGAUGAAUCCUACAAUGUAACGGGCGAUCUUGAAGCAUUAACAAGCUUGGAAGUUGAAAUUGCAGAGGUAGCAUACAGUGCAGAAGAUAUGGUUGACUGGAAAUCAAUAGAUGUUUCUUCAGCAGAAACUUCAAUUACGCGAAGCGGAGCUUUCUGGAAACUCUGUUGUUCCUUGGAUCAAGAGGUAGAACGCAUUGAUUCCAUCAUGAAGAAGUGGAUGGCAAUACGGAACUGGUACAGAAAAAUCAAAGAUUUGAAAGCACAAACGUUUUCUCUAGCCAGUACUAUACCUGAACAUGCUGUAGAGAGGCCCGAGCACAUAAUGGUUGGCCAUGAAAAUGCAUUCAAGAUUAUACAGGAUCAACUCACUGGAGGAGAGAGGGAACUAGAAGUUGUCUCAAUUGUAGGGAUGGGGGGCAUAGGGAAGACAACUUUGGCUACAAAGCUCUACAGCGAUCCAUUCAUUAUGUCUCACUUUGACAUUCGUACAAAAGCUACUGUUUCACAAGAGUAUUAUGCGAGAAAUGUACUCCUAAGCCUUCUUUCUUCGACAAGUAAUAAAACUGAUGAUAAACUAGCAGACCAACUUCAAAAGCAUCUUAAAGGCAACAGAUACUUGUUAGUCAUUGAUGACAUAUGGACUACAGGAGCUUGGGAUGAUAUGCAACUAUGUUUCCCAAACUGUAAUAAUGGAAGCCGAGUACUCUUGACUACUCGGAAUGUGGAAGUGGCUGAAUAUGCUAGCUCAGAUAAGUCUCCUUAUCACAUGGACCUUUUGAACUUUGAUGAAAGUUGGAAUUUAUUAUACAAAAAGGUCUUUGUGCAAGAUUGUUUUCCUCCUGAAUUUGAACAACUUGGGAAACAAAUUGCAUCCAAAUGCGGAGGAUUGCCUCUAGCAAUUAUUGUGAUCGGGGGACUUCUCUCCAAAAUCGGUGAAACAUUGGAUGAGUGGCAAAGUGUUGCCAAGAAUGUAAGUUCAGUGGUAAGCACAGAUCUUGAAGCCCAAUGCAUGAGAGUGUUGGCUUUGAGUUACCAUCACUUGCCUUCUCACCUAAAACCGUGCUUUCUAUAUUUUGCAAUUUUUCCAGAGGAUGAACUGAUUUCUGCAGAUAAACUUGUGGAGUUAUGGGCUGUAGAGGGAUUUUUGAAGGUAGAAGAGUUGAAAAGUAUAGAAGAGGUGGCAGAAACAUGUCUAAACGAACUUAUAGAUAGAAGUUUAAUUUCUGUCCACAAAUUGAGUUUUGAUGGAAAAAUAGAGAGUUGUCGAAUGCAUGAUGUGACCCGUGAGCUCUGUUUGAGGGAAGCUCAAAAUGUGAAUUUUGUGAACUUUGUAGGAGGAAAGAGUGAUCAAAAUCCUUGUGCGCAAUCCAUGCAGUGUUCCUCUAAGAGUCGAGGUCGGAUCAGUAUCCAUAAUGUGAAAGAAUUGGCUAGGUGCCGUAGCAGUGAGGCUCAUUCUAUCGUGUUUAAUAUAUUUGGAUUUAGUAGAUUGGGAUGCUUCGUACCGGAGUUGCCUUUCAAGCUAGUAAGAGUGCUAGACCUUGCUUCAAUUAGCUGUCGAACUUUUCCCAGUGAAAUUCUACAUUUAAUGCACUUGAGAUUCCUAGCUUUGUGUCUUUAUCCUCUCUUAGAGCAGCAGUAUCUAGGAUCCGCAGAAAAGGUUCCCUCAUCAAUAAUAGACAUUCCUCCAUCGAUAUCAAGACUAUGUUAUCUGCAAACUUUUAUACUUUAUGGUGACAAUUACCAGGAAUAUUCUUUCAUAUUGCCGUCGGAAAUUUUGACGAUGCCGCAAUUGAGGCACCUUCGUUUGCCCUGGAAUUACUUGCGGUAUUAUGAGCCUACAGAGAAUAGUUUGGUUUUGAGGAAUUUGCAAUGUCUCUUUGGAUGGAAUCCUUUAUAUUGUACUGGGUCUGCAUUUAGACUAUUUCCCAAUCUAAAGAAGUUGCAAAUUAGUGGCGCCCGAGAAGAUUUUUGUAUUCGCAAGGACCAGUAUGAUUUUCGCUACUUACAUCAGCUCGAGGAAUUGGAAUUUAAUCUUAGUAAUCAAGCUGCUAAAUGCUUUCUAGAUAGAAUUACACCUUCAGAUUCUACUCUGCUCCUACCUCCGCCAGAUGCUUUUCCACAAAACCUUAAGAAUUUAACUUUGAAAGGAAGUUUCUUCUUGCCAUGGAAGGAUCUGAGUAUUGUUGGUAAAUUGCCCAAACUCGAGUCCCUUCAACUAAUCAACUGCAGAGGUGAGGAGUGGGAAGUAGCUGAGGAAGGGUUUCCUCACUUGAAGUUCUUGAAACUGAGCAAAUUGCAUAUGCGGUACUGGAGAGCCAGUAGUGAUCACUUUCCGUGCCUUGAACGCCUAUUUCUUGAAAUUUGCCGGGGUUUGGAUUCAAUCCCUCAAGAAUUUGCAGAUAUAACCACACUUACUCUAAUUGAUAUCGAUCAAUGUCGAGAAUCUGUUGGGAAUUCCGCCAAGCAGAUUCAACAGGACAUUCAAGACAACUAUGGAGGUUCUAUUGACGUCCAUAUUCGUCAUCCUUUGUAAGACAUCUUAGGUUUGCUACGGAUUAUCCAGUUCUCUGAAAGAAAUGUCAAUUCAGAAGUCAAAUGUGUGUGGUGUAGCUUUUGUUUAUUUUCAUUUUCUUUCAAUAUUAUUAGAAUAGGGGGCAGGAUGAUUGCAAAUGUUUUGUAAUUUAAUUGUAUAUGAUCUUUAGUAUAGCAGUUUGUCAGUGUUUUGUAAAUACUCCAAAUUUUAUAUUCAUAUUGUAUGUGCCAGAACAGGCUCCAUUCCACAAAUUUAGAGUUGAUUUCCCAAAA